AUGUAUUCCGAGAUUGAGAGUGCUGCAAUCGCUGGAGACAUUCCCGAGCCGGACGCUAUCACAUCCUCUCCAAGUUUCACAUCACAGCUCAAAUCAGCUGUCGCCAAAGUUUGCGAAUUGCAAAAGACCCACAAAGCUGCGCGCGAGGAAUACGCUCUGUACAUGAAGCAGACGAAUCGCAACGCAGAUGAGCUCAAGACGAAGAUGCGACGUGUCAAAGACUGGAACACGCCGCUUGCAGAAGCGAUCAAGUUGGAAACCGACAUCACGCUUAAGAUAGAUGAGAACAUUAAGAAGUUGACCUUGCAGCCAUAUCAUUCUGUGUGCGCAAAGGUUGUCGGGCUACCACGGGAACUCCGAAACCAGAUAUAUGGCCACGUUUACCGAGCCUUGUAUAUCAAUAUCGACUGGCCCGACCCUCACAGUGUUAUGGGUAUGCCAAUGUUGCGCGGGUGGGCGCGUAAGACUCCCGGCAGCUUUCCCAUCGAUACGGCGGAAUUGUGGAUUGGAGAUGUGCUCGCGUAA